UGCUCUAGACUGAGACGCAGGGACGAGCCUCUACAACACACAAACACUCAGAGACAUUGCUGCUGUCAGGACUGCUACACCUGCUCAGCUGCGCGGCUGAGAGACUUAAAGGGAGAAGAUCAUCCUUAAUUCUUUUGGAGAAAAAAAAAUGAAACUUGAAGUUUUCUCCGCGCACCACUUCGCGCUAAAGCCGCUGGAGUUGUGCAUGGACCCAGAGGGGGGAGUCCCGUCUCCUCUAUCCGGAGACGAGCUGGGGUCGGACGGGGACUUCGUGGCCAACAGCCCGGCACCUGUCGCCCAGAGCGGCGACAGCAGCAAGGGGAAGCCGUACACCCGCAGACCCAAACCCCCUUACUCCUACAUCGCCCUCAUCGCCAUGGCCAUCCGGGAGUCCAGCAGCGGCCGCCUCACUCUGGCAGAAAUCAACGACUACCUGAUGAAGAAGUUCCCGUUUUUCCGCGGCAGCUACACCGGCUGGAGGAACUCCGUGCGCCACAACCUGUCACUCAACGACUGCUUCCUAAAAGUUCUGCGGGACCCGUCCAGGCCCUGGGGCAAGGACAACUACUGGAUGCUCAACCCGCACAGCGAGUACACCUUCGCUGACGGAGUGUUCCGCCGCAGGAGGAAGCGCAUCGGCAAGAGGUCUGCUAAGGAGAGGGAGAGCCCGGACAUCCUCAACGAGGACACCCACCUCCCUGUCCCGGAGGAGAGAGUGGGGGCCAAGUUCUCGAGCUCCUUCGCCAUCGACAGCAUCCUCAGCACACCCUUCAUACGGAGGGAGGACAGCCACGUUGAGGCAGAAACCCACGCCCCCCGGAUCUACUGGUCCCCAGAGGCCCACUUAAUGCCUUACACUCUGAGCUACCCGGCGCAGCACACGUACGUGUCAGAGGGUGCGUACAGCAGCCCAGAGCCCGGCAGGGAUGCACUCACAUACCUCCAGCAGACAGCACCGGGCAUGGUCGCACCUGAGGCCGGUCUCCACGUGCUCAGCAUGUCCAACAAGGCGCGAAGUUUCCAUAUAGACUCCUUGCUCUCAUAAAGCACCUGGACUGCUGUCAGACUUGGGGACAUGGGGAUGUUUUGACCCAUGUUGUGCACUUUUGUGACCGCUGUUAGCUUCCAGUGCUUUAUCUGUUAAUUGUUUGGGACUCUGUCUGUACUGAACGUCAUUCUGAAGUGAAACAAAACAAAGGACGUGUUGUCAAUGUAAAUCUUACUGUGUGGUGACACAGCAAAAAGAUGCUGUCAGUGUGUGUGUGUGUGUGUGUGUGUGUGUGUGUGUGUCUGUGUGUGUGUGUCUGUGUGUGUGUGUGUGUGUGUUUGUGUGUCUUCACGCACCCAUGGUUCAUUGGUCAUUUCCACUGUGAGAUGGCAACCAAGCGCCAUGUUAAAACAUUAAAAACUCUUAAUCUAUUUAUAUUUUCAUGUUUUGUAUGACCUGCUGUAUAAAAUAUUGUUGUAUAUAAAAGAAAUGUUGACUGAGCUAAAUGACGUGGCUGCACUAGAAACGCAUGGAAAUGCCCGAUGUUAUUGAUUCAUGCAUGCCUGGUAUUUUUAUGAAUAAAAAACGUGAAACAAUGGGA